UUUAUUUCCCGAGUCGAACGCUCGUCGCUUACACGCGUACUGACUCAGACGUCUAGAGUCUUACUAUCCUCUCAAGGCUAAUAGCGUCGUCUCAUUCAUAGCGCGUAACCAUGGACUUCCCGCUCGCUAAUUCGCCUUCUUCUGCGUCGGACGACAGUCUAACACAAGAUGUCGUGAGUAUCCCGGAUAAUGUCACACCACCUGUGCUGCAGAGCGAGCGAGUGGGUGAAGAGAUUGUGACGACGGAGAGAUCGUACGUGAAGUCGCUGGAGGACAUGGUGAAGGGCUACAAGGAGCCUAUUUUGGUGUAUAUUCGCUCUUGCGGCUUGCCUGUUGCUGAAGAAGAUGUUAGUGCUCUGUUUGGCAACAUUGAAGAGCUGCUCGCUCUCAAUAGUGAUUUACUGAAAGAGUUAGAGACGUGUGGUAAUAAUCCUACAAGAAUUGCUGAAGCAUUCGUAACCAGAGCAUCAGAUUUUUCUGUCUACUCGGCUUACUGCACCAACUAUCCUCGUGCAGUUGCGAUCCUGACAUUAUGGCAACACACUCCAAGAGUUACUGAAAGCUCGCCCAAAGUUACUCAAUUUCUGAAGUUGUGUCAAACACGGUUACAUCAUGCUCUGCCACUUGGAGCAUUUCUUAUCAAGCCUGUACAGAGAAUAUUGAAGUAUCACCUUUUAUUGAGGGAAUUGGCAAAGUCGUGUGAAAAGGAGACAAAGCGGUCACAUACUGUAGUGCAGUCUGCUCUCACUGCUAUGUCAGCUAUUGCUGAUCGCAUUAACACAAUGAAACGUCGUCACGAAGCCGCCGUCUACAUUCAAGAGAUACAAAGCCAACUGUCAGGAUGGGAGCACGACGAUCUGUCAAGCUAUGGAGAUCUACUGCUAGAGGAUAACUUUAAAGUGAAAGGAGCUAAGACUGAGAGAAGGGUCUUUCUGUUUCGCAGUCUUUUAUUGCUUGUAAAGAAGAAAGGAGAACAUUUGCUAUACAAAGGAUCGAUUAAAAUCAAUAGUUUGACUGUGAGAGAUUUUCAUGGUACUUCUGGUCACACGUUUGUAGUGACCGAGUUGAGCAAUCAAGACAACAAAUUUGAACUAGAGGCUCAUACGGAUGAAAUCAAAACUAAUUGGACAACGACAAUCAAACGUCUCAUGUUGGAUGCUCAUUCUCCUGCACUACCAGAGGAGCCACCACCAAAGUUACCGAGACAAAAUGAUGACGAUGAAGAGACAAUAUCACAACAAACGGAGUCUCUCCCAGAUACAAAUAUUCAUGAAUUGAGGAGAGGGUCUAACUUGAGUCGACGGAAUGCUGUGAAAGGACAACGAUUGAAUGAGAAACCAAACCAGAAAUCGCUUGUAAAUAUUAGAAUCAGUAGCUCUGGCAGUGAUGACCUUCCAACUCCUGAUACAGAAAGUGGAGAAGUCCCUACCGUGGUUAAUGUAAGGCAACUAUCUUCUCGUGAGUCGACUCCCACAUCAGCCUCUAAGAAAACUAAACUAACUAUUAACGCAAGAGACGCUGAUCUAGCCGACGAUGCAUUCGAAUCGGUCCGAUUGAGUGAGAAUAAUAGGAAAAGCUUGGAAUUGCUUGUUGAGCCUGAGAAUACUUCGUCAAGAUUUUUGGACCCAAAUGAAGAGAGCAGAAGAAACAAUCGGAAGGUUGUUGAAGAAGUGAUGGAGGUUGAGAUGUCAGUUGGAGUGUCUUCUGGAGUUGAUAUGACAGAAAUAGUGGCUCAUACAAAUGAGACUUACGAAAUAGUUCAACCAGAGGCAAUAGAAGGAGAUCAAGCAGAAGCACCAGGAGAAAUCCACCUUCCACAAUCAAGCGAAAUACCAACCGAGACAACAGAAAAACUACCAACCGAAAAACCAGUAAAAACAGAGGCAGAAACAGCAGAGGAAACGGUACGUGUGAUGACGUCGAAUGAAACGCCGACUGACAUCCGAGUCAAACAAAACGUGGCAAGUGAGACGUCGGUAACAAGUGAAACAGAAAUGGUUCAAGAAAUGGUCGUUGAGACGAUAUGGCGAACAGAAGAAACGACAGUGGAAGAAACAACCACAGCCGUACAAGUCGAAAACCGUCUGGAUACAAAAGUAGAGACACAGCAAGAGAUAGAAACAGAGAGAGUUGGUAAAACGUCAGACAAAAGUAUUACAGAAGAACAUACGGGUACAGAAGUCAAAUCACGACCAGACGAAGUUGAGGAGGAGGAGAUAGAGGCACGUGCACGUCAAGAAUUAGUGAAGGUGGUGGAGACACCAGCAAAGACGGUUGUGGAUGUAGUAACAGAGAAAUCAACGAGACAGGAAAUCGAGAAAGCAAUGGAUACGGAUAGAGAUCCGUCGUUUGAACAAACGAUUGAGACGAAAGCAGAGGUCAGUCGUGUCAGUGAGUCAAAUACACCAACAGAGACUUCACCAACUCGAACAGAAACACCUCACAAGGACGACACUAAUCAACUAAUCAACACGAAGUCUGAUGUUAAAGCUGAGGAUAAGGAAGACAGUCAACCAGUCGUGAAUGAGACUGUAUCACACACUCGCAGACGAAGAACAGAAAAGGAGAGCAAUGAAAGUGAAAGAGAUAAAGAGACGGCUUCGGUACAUGCUGAGCCCAUCUCAUCGGCUGAGACGAGAAUACAGCCGUGUAACUGUCUUCCAUUUGUCGUCGUUUGUAUUGCUCUCUUCCUUGCCAUCUUGGUGUACGAAUUUGUCGGCGAUUUGAAUUUUUACAUGAAGUUGUGGCUUCUGUUUCUUCCUUCGGCUGCUCUCCUACUCAUGACGGUCACUGAAGUGUAUCGUAGAUUUUAGACUGUUUAGGUUACUAUGGCAUAGACUGAUCGAUUGAUUUUAGCUCAGAAAAUGAUUUUGAUGGGUUUGAUGGGUGAUGAUUUACGUAGCGCGCUAGCUAUGACAGAUGAUCAAUAUACAGGAAACUCAGUCAA